CUUUCAUCUAACAGUUACUGGUAGAUGUGGCCUUACGCGGCAGCCCCAACAUUCUCUCAGUCAUACCAAAAGGAUAAUCUUUGUAACUUCCCAGGAAACAUAACGAACGUAAUGCUAGCUGAUGAAGAUGGCAAUAUUACCUAGAACUAACUUACGUGAUUUCUUGGAAAUAAUAAAUCGCAAGAUUCCAAGUAUCGUCAGUGUUGACGUACUUCGUCCAAUCAUGCUAACUAGCAAUGCUAUCAUUGUAUGUUAGCUAUUAGCUAGAACUCCUUUCAGCUACACGCCUGAGUUGAAACUACUAUUGUUGGGUUCCUUUGAUUCAAGUUUCUUUACAAGUAUCUUUAUGGGGUGAUGGAAUUUCCAUGGUGACUUGUAAUAAUUCUCUGCUUGUUAGUAGGCAGUUUCUACCUUAAUUGUACCAUUUGUGAAGGUAGUUGACUGACGUAAGCUACCAGGUGCAGUGUGGUGGCUUUCUAGUGUUGAGUUGUUGUGAUCAUCGGGUGAAGUAAAGGCCUUUCAUUUGACAGUGACAAACCAGGUAGAGGAGAAUCCAGACGUGCGGUGACAUGGAGCAAUACACUACCGCCAACACUGGGGAGCAGAUCGUGGUGCAGGCAACCAAUGGACAGAUUCAGCAGCAGGCACAGGGCACAGUGACUGCUGUGCAGCUGCAGACUGAGGCACCUGUGGCCACGGCGACAGGCCAGCAGGUGCAGACACUCCAGGUAGUCCAAGCCCAGCCCCUGAUGGUGCAGGUGAGUGGCGGGCAGCUCAUCACCUCCUCUGGCCAGCCCAUCAUGGUGCAGGCCAUGCCCGGAGGCCAGGGCCAGACCAUCAUGCAAGUCCCAGUGUCUGGAGCGCAGAGCCUACAGCAGAUCCAGCUGGUGCAGCCGGGGCAGAUUCAGCUGCAGGGAGGGCAGACGCUGCAGCUGCAGGGCCAGCAGGGUCAGGCACAGCAGAUCAUCAUCCAGCAGCCACAGGCUGCCAUCACUGCCGGCCAGAACCAGGGACAGCAGAUCACUGUGCAGGGGCAGCAAGUGGCUCAGACGGCCGAGGGCCAAACCAUUGUCUAUCAGCCUGUUAACGCAGAUGGCACCGUCCUGCAGCAAGGGAUGAUCACCAUCCCAGCAGGAACCCUGGCAGGCACACAGAUUGUGCAAGCAGGGGGCGCCAACACCUCCACAACCAAUAGUGGCCAGGGCACAGUCACAGUCACGCUGCCCGUCUCUGGCAACAUGGUCAAUGCGGGGGGGAUGGUCAUGGUAAGACCUUCCCAUGAGAUGGUGCCUGGUGGUGGCGCAGUGCCAGCCAUCCAGAGAAUUCCCCUGCCAGGAGCAGAGAUGCUAGAAGAGGAGCCUCUCUACGUCAAUGCCAAGCAGUACCACCGCAUCCUCAAGAGGCGGCAGGCCCGGGCCAAGCUGGAGGCUGAGGGAAAGAUCCCCAAGGAGCGGCGGGUGAGUAAAUAUCUCCAUGAGUCACGCCACCGCCACGCCAUGCAGCGCAAGCGAGGUGACGGCGGUCGAUUCUUUUCGCCCAAGGACAAGGAGGAGAUGGCCCUGGCCGCCUUGCAGGAGCAGCAAGACUCGUCUUCCGCUGGAGAUGAGACUGUGGCCCAGAUGAUCCGGGUCUCAUAGGGAAACAUCCAUCAGUACAAUACCAUGAGUCUGCAAGUCUCUCAUUACCUUGACGAUCCCUCACCCUUCCUCCUUAAACAUCCAAUCAACUGAGAGCUAUUGAGAACUGAAAAUUUAGAUUUUCCACACCGUUCUUUCACAGAGGAAGUGUCAAAUAGCAUUUAUCGGGGUGACCGAAGUACAUGAAAGUUCAAACUUCAAAUAGUCCUUCCUGGCCCUCAUCCUGCUUUGUUUGUACAGGUCUUGUUAACCGUAGAAAUAAAUGAGGUGACAAGGAUACCUCUUGGGAUCCAGGUUCAGUACCUCAUGGGGAGCAAGGACAGGCUCUCAGCUGGUGUGUGUGUGUGUGUGUGUGUGUGUGUACACUAUUUCCUAAAACAGGAAAGACUUUUACACAAAUAUUUUGAUUACAAUUGUAGAUGUGUAGGAUAUUAAAAAUGUUUCUGUUUCAUGUUUCUCAUCAACUCCCCAGCCCCAACAUGUGGCACUACGUGUCUUCCAUGUUUUGUUAAAAUUGCAGUUUUUUUAUACUUAUUUUGCAGGCCAUCUAUAAAAAUAUGGAUGAGGGCAAAUGAAUUGAUGCAUAUUUGUUAGGAUUAUGUUUUAUGCUGUCUUUAUAUAAUAUAUUUUAAUUAAACGUCAUGUGUUCAUGAAA